AACCUGUAAUAUUUCUAAAGAAUUUCUUACAGAUGAUACUCAAAAUAUACCAAAAAUAUCAAGAUAUCAUCAUAUUACUGAUAAGCAAUAUAAUGAGAUAUUAAAUAAAAAUAAUGCAUUAGCGAAAAAAAACUUAGCACGAAAUAUGGUUUAA